GGUAUGGAAUGGAGUUUGGCCGCCUUUCUUCUUGUGGCUCACUGAAUUGACGCAUUUUACGCCCCUCCGUUGGAGGUGGUCAGUAUUUUAGCCUUCGGGCCCGCUGCUUGUCUUGCCCUUCAUUGUGCUCCUUCUCCGUUAUAGCUGCUACUCUGCUUCUUAGUGCCAUUGUUGCUGUGAGUACUCCGCUUUCAAGAGCUCUUUUUGUAUUUUUUUUUCCAACUCCAUUGUGCAAAUGAAUCAGCAAGCCAGCCGGUUUGACUCCGACGAAGAGACGCCGGCGGCCGUGACGAAUGCAGCCGCAUCGAGCGUCAAUACGCUGCUGCCGUCCUCAGACCUUCCGCGAGACCUCACUUACGCGAUGAACGGCAAGGAGGAGUCGCUCGCUCUAGACGAGUUGUGCAGUAAGCUGAAGGCACGGUAUGAAGCCAUGACGUCGCUGCCGUCCUGCGUCCCGGCUGUGGUUUCGCUUUGUGUCGGUGGGAAGAACUUUUCGGUUUCGAGAGCCCUGAUCGAGAAGGACCCAGGAUCGGUGCUGUUCGUGCUCACGCUGGAGCACUUCGCACCGUCUUCGUCUCGAUUUCGCUCGACGUCGGCGUCUUCCCUGAGAGGUGGAAAACGCGACCGGGGCGACGUCGAAUGCGCAGCGUCGAAAGCGGCUGCGGAGACCGCCAUCGCCGUGCCAGAGAGAAUCCCAGAGACGUUCGGCAUGCUCCUCAACAUGCUACGCGGGUACAGGAACGCGAUUCCGGUGGAGUGGAUGGACGCCUGCAGAGAGGAGGCGGCGUACUACGGGCUGGAGGGCUCGUGGAACGCACGAUUUCACGUGCUGCCGACCCCGUAUUAUUUCCGCAACCCACUCCACAGCUCGAAGAUACUCUCCGAUGCUGUGCUGGGCGUAGCGAGCGACUUCUUGACUUCAGGGGAGCAGCACAUUGACUUCAGCGUGGUCCAGUGCGAUCGGGUCGGUGUGGGGGUGAUCAGCACCACAGGUGGCAGUUUGGAGGAGUUGGGCCCACAGACGCAAGAUGGAAAUAACGGUGCGUUUUACUGGAAUGACGGCAAGCUGUCUUUCUACAUGGGGGAGCCGCGCAUGGUGGAGACCGGCUUCCCCUUCCCUGCCGGCGCUCUUAUUCGUGUCGUGUUCGACGCAGACGAGCGCAUUAUUCGCUGGAUCGUGAACGGGGAGUACUGCGUGGCGAUAGAGCGUCUGCCUUCUGGGCGGCGGUAUGCCUUUAGCUCCAUUGCGUCACGCAGCUCGCAGGUGACGAUUGUGCCGCUGUAA